ACCAAUCUGAAAGGCCCUCGGAGGCUCUCCUGAGGUUAAGGACGCCCACCUAUGUCCAACGAGGUGAUAAGGCGUGCCUCUGUUUGCUCGCUCUUGGACUCUGCGCGUCUAGCGGCCAUCUCCGGCUCUAUCCCUGCGUUGCACGCUCUUUUGCUGCGUAUAUCCCCUCGGGAGUCCCGAUUAUCUCCAUGUCUGGAUUUGCGGCACUCGUUGGAGGCAUGAAUAGUCAGAUCGAAGGUGCCACAAACAUGCUGUCAAAGCCGACCAGGUCGUCCGCCGGUGGAAGCCCGCGAAAGCCCGGUGUCGUACCUCUCGGUCGACACUUUCCACAGCUCUUUCCGCGUGCUAUUCCUCCUUAUGCAUCGGUGCUGUCUACCCAAGCUUCAGCGACGUCCCCUAUCGCCGUAUUCGCUCAAAGCGAGGAAGGGUAUGCCGGUCUUGGUGCAGUCGAUCGCAGCAUGGCCGGGUCAAGCGUUGGCGGGCACCCAGGAGUCGCAUAUGGCGGCAUCCCCGUCUCGCAUAUGUUGCUCCCAAAGCUUGUCGUCCGACGCUCGAAUCGUUUUCGGGCGGGGCGCAGCGCGAAACGGACGUUGCGCGUCGACCUGGGUGAGGACGGGGCAUUCUCUGAUGCGCCCUUCCGGAGCAACGUGACGUACUGUACGACCCGAUGUGCCUGUCAUUGCUCAUCGGCGAGCGGAGGUUCCAGCGCAUGCGUGUCGCCGCAGAAGACGUAGUGCAAAGGAGCUUGAGCAUCGCGACGGCGCUGGUCACCGGAGAGCAUCGAAGCUGCAAAACAAGUACCCGGUACUCCCCCUUGGAGAAACGCUUAGGGACGUUGUGGUAUAAU